AUGGAGUUAGCACCCACUCAGGCUGGGAGUGGAGGAGGAGUAAACGAGGAAGUGACGCAGAUUGGAAUUCGGAAUUCGGACAAGAACAAAUUGAAUUUGGUCAACAACUUGAACGAAGAAGAACUUAGAAGGAAGGAAGGAAGGGAGGAAGCCAGGCCCCAGGGUCGGCUUCUCGCACGCACGGAAUCUAAACUUUAA